ACUACGCCUAGGAGUGCUCGCGCUCCUAUAGGCCGUAGACCUUCUACGCUCCCACAUCAGCGUUUGAAAAAGGAGAAGGCGGAAAGUCCUCCAGAGAUGGAUUCGCCGGGUAGUGUUGGAAGUGACUUACGACGGCAAAACGAGGAGCUUCGUGCUCGACUGGCUGGUGAAUCUGCUGACCAUAAGCGGAGACUUGACGCUUACCGGCGCGCACAACAAGGCCAAGCUGCCCUGGUAUCAAGACUACAAGCCAAGGUGCUGCAAUAUAAGCAGCGAUGUGCCGAACUGGAAAAUCAGAUGGAGUCUACUCCUCGCAGCGAGCCCUCGUACCAUCAGCCCAGCAAGACGUGCAUAGCGCUUCCAGCGCCAGUCUCAUCUUCAUCCGAUACACGAAGAGACGAGAGGAUCACCGACUUGGACACUGCAAUACGAAGACUUGAUGAAGAGAAACGCAAGUGUGAAAAACUGGUGUCACAAAAUAAUUUAUUGAGGGAGCAACUAGAAGAGUCACAUCAACUGAAUGAAGCCCUCACGAAUGACCUGCAGAAGUUGACCAAUGACUGGGAGGCUCUCCGGGAUGAAAUGGCCAUCAAGGAAGAUGAAUGGAAGGAUGAGGAACAAGCCUUCAAUGACUAUUACUCGAGUGAGCACAAUCGUCUGCUGAGCCUGUGGCGGGAGGUGGUGGCAGUAAAGCGCUUCUUCUCCGACCUGCAGACCAACACCGAGCGAGAUCUGUACAAAGUGAAGAACGACUUUGAUUCCGUCACCCGUGAUUUGGUCGGGACUCUCAGUGGAUAUGCCAUAACAGCAUAUGCUAAUCAAGAUGUGAAGCCUGAGGUUCAUCAGCCAUUACCGACCACUCCCAGUGCAAAUGUGGACACGUUACGUUCAGAGCUGCGCGACGUGACGUCACAGCGCGACGCCGCUACGUCAGAGCUGAGGGAAAGAGACGCACGUAUACAACGCCUGCUCGGAGAACUGCAGGCAUUGGAGGAGCGUUGUGACUGUGCGGAGUCUCUGUGCUCGGAGGCCAACGUGAUGCGUUCCGCGCUGGAGGAGGUGGCGCGCGCGCUCAUACACGACUCGGAGACUGACACGCCCACACAUAUGCAUAUCUCUUCUGAUAGGUCUCCGAAGCGCGGCGUGCCGCAAUCCGCGAACGCGACGGCGUUCGCUGAGAGCACAAUAUCCGCGCUGCAAGCCGCGCUGCACAAAUAUCAAAUACAGAUACACGAUCUACAGGUGAAACUGCAGAACAGCCGCGAGCAGGUGGCGACGAGCCGCAAGCAGUGCGACGUCGCCGACAACAACGUCGCCUCGCUGGAAGGCAAAGUACACGACUUGCAAGUUAAAUUGGACCAAACAAAUGCCGAUCUAAACCAAGUGGUACAAGAGCGAGAGUCGCUGCAGAAGACAGUAGAAACGCUCAGAACUGACAAGAACAAUCUAGAAAGGAAUAGAAUAGAAAUUAAUGCAAUGGUUGAGUCUUUAACAUCAGAUUAUGAGAAACUACAGAAGAUCAACACACGACUGGAGAAGAAUAUAGAAGUUCUAGAGAAUGAGAAAAGAUCUCUGAACGCUGAAGUGGAUCAUUUACAACGUGAAGCAACUAACAGGGAAUCUGUUCUAAGGAGCGAGGAGGAGCGCUGCGGGCGGCUGCGCGCGGAGCUGGUGUCGGUGCGCGAGGAGCUGAACAAGGCGGCGUUGGCGCGCGACCUGCUGCACCAGCACAAGCUCGACACAGACUCCAAAAGUGAACUAGAAAUAGAACUAGAAAGAACAAUACUAGAGCGCGGUGACCUGCAGGACCUGGUGGAGAAGCUGGAGACAGCUUUAAAGAACUCAGAGAACGACAAGAAGAAGUUGCAGGAGGAACUCAAACAAGUAGAAGAGGAGCGUAGUAGUCUAUCAGGUCAGAGCAGCGAGCUGCAGGGCGACCUGCACGCGCUGCGCAAGGAGCUGGUGGGCGCGGAGCAGCAGGCGGCGGAGACUGUCGCCAGGCUCAACCGUACCAUCGACCAACAUGUCAAGGACGCGGAGGAAAAGCAGAUGGCAAUAGACAAUUUAGAGAAGGACAAGCAACAUUUACACGAGCAGUUAGCGGGCGUACGCGCAGAGCUGGAAGCCGCACUCUUUGACACGGCCAAUCUUCUAGAAGAUGCAGAGUCUCGCAGAGCGAAGCUAGAACAGCAGCUGCAGGAUCUAAUGUUGCAGCAGGAGAACGCCAAAGGUCAGAUAAGUAGACUGAACAAGGAGCUGGAGGUGAGCGAGAAGAAGCUGCGUGAGACACGCAGCAGUAUGCAGCAGCAGUCAGGAAAGAAGGAGGCGGAGUACCAGCAGAUCAUAACUAACAUCAAUCGCACCACCAACGAGAAUAUCACCAAGCUUAAAGAGGAGAAGGAGCAACUUCGUCAAUCUCUGGAGCAGAAGUUAAACCAAACAAUAGCAACGUUAACGAGCGAGAAGGAAGCAUCGGAGGCGAGCGCGAGGGAGAGAGAGAAGAAGCUGCUGGCGAUCCGCGACCAGCUGAUGCUGCAGCACGACGAGGCCAUGCUGCGGGCUGAGAAUGAUAAACAACAGGCGUUAUUAAUGGGUAAGCAAUUAUAUAUUAGAAUAUUAACUAAUACUCAAAUGAAAUUAGCGUCACUGGAAGACGAGUGCGCACGCCUGGAGGGCCGCAUCAAGGAGCUGCACGUGGAGAAGGAGGCGGCGAUGCGCGAGGGCCAGGAGCUGCGCGCGCAGCUCGCGCUCGCUGAGGACAAGUACGACUGCACCUACGUGCAGCUACAAGACGCGCUCAGGAAACUUAAGGAAUUGGAGAACGAGUCGGAGAGCCUGCGCAAGGAGUUGGCGGAGGCGCGGCGCGAGCUGAGCUGCUGCAGCGCGGAGCGGGACAAGCUGAGCGCGGCGGCGCGCGACCUGCGCGAGCACGUCAAGCGCGCGGACCACGAGCGACGAGACGCCGCGCGCGCUAGGGAUGACGCCUACCAUAAGAUUGCUGGUCUAGAAGAGUCCCGUGCUGCGUUAGAGUGCGAGGUAGCGCGCGUGCAGUCGCUGCUCAAGGAGGCGGAGGGCGGCGGCGAGGCGCGGAGGUGUUCGGAGCUGGAAUCGCUGCUGCAAACUGCGCGCGCUGACCUCGGCAGUGCGAGACAACGCUGCGCAGACCUGGAUGAGGCAUGUCGCGCUAGGGACCAGGAACUAGUAAUCCGCUUGGAGGACUGUCGCUCCAAAGAGCGUCGUUUGGAGGAGCUCAAACACAAUCUGGAGGUGUGCCUCGCGGACGCCACUCAGCAGAUACAAGAGCUUAAGACUCGUCUUUCGGCAUGCGAGAGCCGAUCCCGCGCGGUAGAAGGCCAGUUAUCUCAGAGCGAGGGUCUGCGGCGCGAGGCGGAGGCGCGGCUGUCGUCAGUGGCGCACACGCUGCGGCGCGUCUGCGGCGUGCAGCCCGACGGCACGCUGCUCGCCGCGCGCCGCCGCAUGGCCAGCCCCGCCAGGAGAUAUAGCCCGCAUAGAGGUCGUGAUCAUUCAGAAGACCGGAAUGAGAUCAUCGACGUCGAUCCAGAACUUAUCAAGAAGGGUGUUCGCAAUUUGAUGCACGAAGUUUGUCAGAUAGAACGAGAAAAGGACGACUACAAAUGUCAGUUGCAAUCGUUAAAGAAGCAGCUGAAGGAAGUGUCUGAGCAGCAGGGCAAGGGCGAGGGCAAGCUGCAGUCGCUCAGCGGCAGCGUGCGCGGCCUGCAGGAGGAGCGCGCGCGUCUCCAAGCCGCACUCGCCAGCAAGGACGCACAGCUCACUGCACUGAACGAAUCCAUUCAAUCGAAGACAACAGAAGUGAACAACUUGAGGGACAAGAUCACCAGCCUGGAGGCCGCAGUCAGCUCCGUCUCUGAAGAAAAACUACAGAAUGAGAAUAAAUCGGAGAGCCUACGAGUACAAUUAGCAGAACGAGUGCAAGAAGUCGGCCAGCUGCGGGAAGCAUUAGCGGCUGCUGAAGGUCGCGCGGCGCGGCUGGACGUGCGGCGAGCGCAGCUGGAGGGCGACGUGCAGCGCGCAGCGGUCGCCGCCAGAGACCGCGAUGCUGCACUUAAGAAACUCCAAGAGCGUUGCGAAGGUCACCAACGUACGAUCAGCUCGUUGGAAGACCGGUGCACCUCUCUGAAGGGUACAGUGGAGCAGCUGUCGGCGGCGCUGCAGAAGGCUGCUGCGGCGGAGAGCGAGCUGCGCGCAGACCUCGCCAAGACGCAGCGCGCGCUCAAUGAAGCUAAGAACCACGAACAGAAUGCAACAGACAAGCUCAGACAGAUGCAGAAGACUGUUGCUACAUGCGAGAACGACCGGCGCGUGCUGUCAGAAAAACUAGAGAGCGCUAAAAGCGCGCUUGGCGAACUGAAGCGACUCAACGCCACGUUAGAAGACCAAGUGCACCGCCUUACCAACCAGCUCGCCAACAUUGAAGUACAAAAGUCCGGUUUAGAGUCUCAGUUACGUUUGAAUACGUGGGAGGGUAAGGAGAGCGGGGACGCGGAGGCGGAGCGCGAGCUGCACGUGCUACAGCGCGAGCGCGCAGAGCUGCGUGCGCAGAACGACGCGCUGCAGGACGCAGUACGCAGACUGAGCGCGGCACGACCCGCCGCUGCGCACGCGCCCGCCGCUACGCACGCGCAACUCGCAGCGCGCAGUAAGAGCCACGAGCGCGACAAGCUGUACCGUGAUGUGUAUCGUGAUAUUGACUCAGGUGGUGAUUCAACGAAGGAUUCUGUUCGUGAUGUGAAGGAGUGCACGUGCAAGGGGAAGAGUUUCAGCGCGGAGUGGAGCCUGCUGGAGCUGGAGAACAGGGAGCUGCGCAUGAAGAUACGACGUCUGGAGAAGGAACUCUCAGACAAGGAGGCGGAGCUAUCAAUGGCUCGCAACCGCUACCUGUCGGAGGUGUCGGUGAGCGGCGGGCGCAGCGACGCGGAGCAGUACCGGCAGGCGGCGCUGCAGGCCGAGCGCCUGCUGGAGGCGAGGGAGGCCUCCCACAGGCAGCAAAUUGCACGACUUGAAGCACAGGCGUCCCAGCUGCGGUCCCAGCUGUCGUCGGAGCUGCGUCGGCGGCAGGCGUACGUAGCGCGCAGCGGGCGGGCGGCGCGCGACGUGCAGCGCCUGCGCUCCGCGCUCGGGGACUCGCUGCGAGCUGUCGCACAGGACCCAGCUCUAGACGCAUAUACUUUAGAACACGAAGCAAGGAAACUGGACAACACGCUGACACACAGCCUGCCGCCGCUCAACGACAGCUAUGACUCCGCCAAGUAACUACGGAAAUAAGGACCACGUAAAUUAAAAAUAUACCCUAUGUUACUCAGCAUAAAAAAGCUUUCUAAUGGUGAAAGAAUUUUUUAAAUCGGCCCAGUAGUUUUUGAGUUAUUUCAGUACAUACAAGUUUACAAAUCUUUCCUCUCUAUUAUACCUAUUAGUAUAUAUUCAGUUAAUUUAAUGAAUGACGUGACUAAUGACGUCACGUUACUUUAAUUGCGGUUUAGUGCGUCAUGUAACUAAUCCCUGACGUUAAUUUUACAACGAAUUCAAAAUUUUAAUAAAUUGCUGUUUGCUCGCGACUUCGCCCUCAUGGAAUUAGAAAAAAAAUAA